AUGUCAUGUUCACUUUUUUACAGAAGAAUAACAAGCGUUUCACCGACACUGAAGUCAUGUUCGCGUCAACGCUCAACAUCUGUUACGCAUCCUCAUUUACAUAAAUGUCCUUUUGCUAUGCACGAUCCCAAAAUCGCCUUCCCACCCGUUGAUCAAGUCUCCAAGUCAUUUGAAGAGAUGCCAGGCCCACAAGGCAUUUACAGCAUACCCUAUAUAGGAACGGCUCUACAAAUGUAUCCAUUCGCUAAAUACCGCCCGGAACGUUUCGAUGAACUUUUGGAGACAUGGCACAAGAAGUACGGUACAAUUUGCAGAGCGCGGAUAGCAAACGAAUGGAAUGUGUUUGUUUUUGAUCCCCGUGACGUUGAGACAACAUUCCGGGCUGACAACAAGUAUCCUUUUCGUCGCUCACUGCCGCUGUUUGACAAAUAUAACAGCAGUCGGAAUAGGGAACCCACUAUUGGAGAACGUAAUGGCGAAAAUUGGUGGGACAUGCGUAGUCCAGCUCAGAAAGGUAUCUGCCAGCUUAGAACCCUGUCCAAACUCAUACCAAAGCUAAGUGGGAUCGCAGACGACUUUGUUAACAAUUGUAGAGAGGCAGGUGAACUCAAGAAUCUGCCAGACCCAUUUUUUGAGUACGCAUCCGAAGGGGCGGGACUCCUAUGCUUCAACGAAAGACUGGGUAUAAUUUCGUCCUCGGGGUCGCCGUCUAGUCGACAGUUCAUGACCUUUGUUGAUGAUUACUUUGAUUACUUCGGAGAACAACUUCUCGCGCCGAUUCAUUGGUUUAAGUGGAUCCGAACCCCAGGAUACCGUAAAUAUGAAAAAGCGUCGGAUUUUUUAAUGGGAUUCACAGACAAACGUACGGAAACAGCAGUUGAUAAUUUGAAGAAUCUACCAGACCUGGAGGAAUUUAAUCUACUUCACUUUCUGCUUACUACACCGGGUAUGACACCAGCGAAAGUUUCAUCUCUUUUGGUCGAUUUCUUCAGAGGCGGGAUCGAUUCUACGGCAAAUGCCAUAACAUUCCUGCUUUACCACCUCGCAAAAUAUCCUGAUAUACAAGAAAAGUUGCAUCAGGAGUUAUCUUCCCAUAUACCGACAGAGGGCGCUAUCAGUCCGGAUGGACUCAAGGAUCUGCAUUAUCUCAAGGCUUGUCUAAAAGAAUCUUUCAGAUUCGUCUACCCAGUAAUAGUGGGGACUCAGAGAGUAUUAGACAAUGAUGUGGCACUGUCUACGUACGAGAUUCCGGCGGGGACAACAAUAAAUUUGUGUAUAUCUUCUAUCUGCAAAAACAAGAAUUAUUUUCGGAAUCCGGACAAAUUCUGUCCUGAACGUUGGCUAAGGAGCAAUCCGAACCGUGAUAAUUCCCAUCCAUUCGCAUUUCUUCCGUUUGGAUAUGGAACACGAAAUUGUGUGGGACAGAGAUUCGCAGAGAUGGAAAUCUACGUAAGUGUAUCAAAGAUUGUAACAAACUUUAGGAUAUCCUUGCCAAAGGGACUGGGUGAUGUACCAUUUGUCUAUUCAACGUUCGCAACUCCCAAAGAUAAAUUUACGCUAAAUUUGGAGCCACGAUGA